GAGAUCUGCAAGUUCUUAUUAUUGAAGUUUCUCAUAGCAGUCUGAAGAAGUUCACAUGAGGAAAGGAUCUGUGGAACACAAAUUACAAAUGCAUAUCAUCUCAAGCUGUAUAAUCCUCUUUAUGAUAAUAUUAAAUAUUUUGUGUCAAGGUGAGGAAAUCAAGAAAUGGAACAUCAGCUUCACUCCAGCAGAAGUGACUGCAGUGCCAGGAUUAUGUGUUGUCAUUCCAUGUACCAUCACUAAUACAAAGGAAGCAAAGCCUGAGAACCUAAUGUUGUAUCAGUGUAAAGAAAAAGACCCAUGUAUUGAAGUUAAGAACACAAACGUUAAGAUGCUUAAAUUUGAACCAAAACAAAAAAAAUGCAGCAUCAAUAUAAACAAUUUCAGUGCAGAAGGAGAUUAUGAGAUUAGAGAGAAGAAAACUGAGUCACAACCAUACAGCUCCAGAUUUAAAAUCAUCAUUCAAGAUGCGCCUGUAAUAAACAUUCCUCUUCUCAGUGAAGGACAGGAGGCAAAUCUGAACUGUUCAGCUCUUGUUCCAUGCCCUGAAACACCCCCUGUUAUCUCUUGGUGGAUCAAUCUAAAUGAAAAAAGCAUCAAAUUGAAAAAGAUCACAUUUACUAACUUUAAAAGAUUUUACGUUGCAACUUUGACCUUUAUGCCAACCGCUGAAUUACACAAAGCAACUGUUGAAUGUGAAGCAAGAUAUGGAAACAUAAACAUCAGUACCAGUACGACCAUAGAAGUGAUAUUAAAUGAAGUCAAAACAAAUCCGACAGUCAGACCAAACGACAAAGACACUGCUGAACAUCGAGAUCUGACCGUAAAUCCUACAGAGCCAAAGAAUGCCACCGGAAAUAAAACAGGUGUGAGUAACAUGGACCAAAGUUACAUUUUUUUGAAGAUUCUGGAGGUGUCAACAUUAAUACUCACGUUUUUGGCGGGAUUUGCAACUUCAGCAGUCCUCUUCUCUGUGGUGUUGUGCUGUCAGGAGAAACACAAAAGAGACACGACAUAUGAAGUAAUGGACACAAAGACAGAAACUACUGUUAUUUUGGAGGUUUAUCAAGAAGAAAGACCUGAGAAAAAGUGGAAAUAAUCAUUAAAGGGCAUCCCUGAAAAUAGCAUUUGAUUACAUUUUGCAGGUUCUGAAUUUGUGAAGCAGCGUUACUUCACAUAGAUAUUCUUUAUCUACCUGUUUAUUUCAAUAACUGUUUUUGAAUAUA